AUUGUUAUACAUGACGUAUAUUUAUAGGUAUAUUGUAUAUCAGCGGUAACGACUGCAUUCAGUAGACUUGUGAUUUCUUAGAGGUAGCUGGUAGGCUACGGUUGCUAAGGAAACCUAGUCAACAAUAUUGUCUUCUGGUUCAUUAAAAUGUUCCUUGACAUGUCAUACAGUAGAUCGAAAAAUGAAAACUAGUUAGGUAUCAACAUGGCAAUACCGCUGCUGCAAUCUAAAGUUUUUUACGGUCUUAGAACAGAGAUAUAUGGCAAUGCACAGUACAUAUCGGAUGCCGAAGUUUUGUACCCCGUAGGUAGUGCACUUGCUGUCCACAAUUUUAAUCAAAAGAAGCAAAGACUAAUAAGAUUACCAGACAAGCGUCUUAUUAAUAUUAUAGCGCUUACUCCAAAUAAAAAAUUCGUCGCGGUAUGCGAAACUGGAGAAAAGCCAAGCAUUUCUGUUUACGACAUUGCGUCGUUAAAAAGAAGAAAAUCUUUGGGUAUCCCUUACGAUGCUCCAGGAGUUACGAAGUUCACUUGCAUCUCAUUUACUUUUGACAGUAAAUAUUUGGCAGCUGUUACUGGUGAAACUGAUCAAACAAUGCUCUUUUACAAUUGGGAUAAAGGAAAGGUAGAAACCAGUGUGAAAGUUGGAAACCCUCAGAAUUCAGCAGCUAUUGUUAAAGUAAUUUGUUGCAAUCCAGGCGAACUUGGGGUUGUAGCAGUGGGUGGCCCAUAUUGCUUCAAAUUUUUGACUGUAUCUGAGAGUGUCUGGCGUCCUUAUGGUUUUGCAAAGGCUGACAAUUUGUUAAUUUGUUCAAUGGCAUGGCUCAAUACAGACAGACUUCUUGCUGGAACUCGAGAUGGUAGAAUACUUUACCUCGAAAAUGGUGACUUGAAAAAUAUUUACAAGAUGGCUGAAACAUUGACCAUGAAUUUAAAGAUUCGGGAAGAAUAUGUAAUGCAAGUCUCUGGAUCAGUGACCAGCUUAGAGGGUGGAGAUGACGGAAUCUGGGAACAUGAUGUUCGUUGUCUAGUAGCAUUUGCAAAGGGAUUUGCAUUUGGCUUUGGAUCUGGCACUAUUGUCCUCUUCGAAAAAGAAGGACAGCAUAAGUACAAAAAGAGGAAUAUUUACAUUGUACCAGCGCAAGUAUCUAAAGAAGACAACACAGAACUCUACCAAAUUAAUACCAUUAAUGUGAAUGUGAGUUGCGACCGCUUGAUUGUAACUACAGGAUGGUCCCAAUUAUUUAGAGCACAAUUAUGGGGUCCUGAUAUAAAUAUGGACCCUGAACCACAAGCUCUAAAACCAUUAGGUCAGCAACUUCAUCAUGGUCCAAUUGUUGGACUAUCUAUGUGCAGUUGGAAGCCUAUUUUUAUGACUUGUGGGGAAUUGGAUCGUACUGUUCGAAUGUGGGAUUACGAAAAUGAAAGCUUAGUCAUGAUGAAGCAAUACAUGGAAGAUAUUUACAGUGUCGCGAUACACCCCACAGGUCACUUUUGCCUUGUUGGGUUUAGCGAUAAACUUCGAUUCAUGAUCAUACUAAUUGAUGAUCUUGUUCCCAUGCAAGAAUUCCCAAUACGCAAUUGCAAGGAUGUAGCAUUCAGUUACAAUGGGCAUCUUUUUGCUGCUGUUAAUGGAAAUAUCAUUCAAGUUUACACUACUAUUGGAUUUCGAAAUCUUUUUAUUCUGAAAGGGCACACAGGAAGAAUUGAAGGUAUGACGUGGAGCCAAUCGGACUUGAAAUUAAUAAGUGUAGGAUUAGAGGGAGCUAUAUAUGAAUGGGACAUGACAACUGGUCAGCGAUGUGCGGAAGUCAUCUUAAAAGGCAUAGUUUUGAGUAGCGUAGUGAAUACGGCUGAUGGAGCAACAUCAUUUUGCAUUGGGAGUGACAAUCGUUUAAGAGAAAUCAAAGACAGCACGGUGAUGCGUGAAUACAGUAUACCGGGACACCAGUUAAUGUUUAUUGUGAUGGGAAAGGCAGAUCUACUAAUGUUUGUUGCUUGCCCUGGAGGCGUUAUUUUAUCGCUCAAAUGCCCACUGCAAGAUCGAAUGGAAUAUGCAGAUUUUCGUGUCCACUGUAACAACAUCACCAAGAUGGCUCUUUCUUACGACGAACAAAUGAUGGUCUCCACUGGUGUCGAUGGAACAUUAUGUAUUUGGAAACUAUCAUUCACAGAAGGGAAAACUGUGCAAAUAAAAAAAGACUUUAAGCAUAGUAGAGAGGUACUUAUAAGUCGAGGCGAUCUGGAAGAAAAAAUACAGACUAUAAAGGAUCUCUCGACCAGAUUGAGAGAGCUAGAAACGGAGCACGCGUACCACAUGCGACAAACGGAAGUUCAACACAAUGAUACCUUGCGGGAUGUUCACCAGGGAUACUGUGAAGCUAUAGAGGAGUUGAAAGACAAAAUUGAUAAACUGCAAGAGGAUCAGACCAAUGAAUUGAAUAACAUUAAUGUUGAAAUAGUCAGAAUGAAGGCUGCACAUGAAGAGGCAAUGCAACAGAUGGAAAUUAGUUAUGACUUGAAACUGAUAACUGAGUAUGAUAAGUAUCAGGCGUUUGAAGAACGUAAUAAUGCGAUGAGAGAAAACUAUGAAAAACGAUUGGAAGAACUUGAGUCGUUUCGGGUUACUGGAUUGGAAAAGUUAAAAACGUCUUACGAGGCUCAACUUCAUGAGAAAGCAGUUCAACUUGAAGAAGCACACGAGAUGAUGGCACAUUCAGUACGACUCCAUGAACAGCUGAAGCGGCAAAUAGAAGAUGAUGCAGAUCGUGAAAUACUUGACGUUCGUACUAAUUACGAAGGCCAGUUGCAUUCUGAGAGACAGACAAAUUUGAAAUUGACGGGAGAGAUUGGGGUACAGCGUAACAAGCUUACCGCAAGUCAGAAAGAGAUCGAUGAACUGAAAAGACAUGUGGUUCAUCUGCAAACUGAGCUCGUACAAUUUCAAACUGUCAUACAGAGUCUUGAGAAAGAUGUUGCAGAUCUGAAAAAAGAGAUUGGUGAAAGAGACAUUGCAAUUCAAGAUAAGGAAAAAUUAAUUUCUGAUCUUAAACGGAAUAACCAGGAGUUGGAGAAGUUCAAAUUUGUACUUGAUUACAAGAUUCAAGAAUUAAAAAACCAAAUAGAGCCUAGAGAUAAAGAAAUCAAAGAUCUGAAAGAAAAAAUACAAGACAUGGAAACGGAAUUGGUAAAUCUUCAUAAGACUAAUGUUAGUUUAGAGUUGCAGCUGUACGAAUUGAGAGAAAAACUAUCAAGUGCCAGACAUGAAAUUCAAUCUGAAGUUAAGCGUAACAGGACAUCUCAGCUACUCUUACGAAAGAUACGAAUUGAUUUACUCGAUACAGCUAAUCUUAUACAAGAUCCAAAUGCUUUGAAAAUAGCUGUAAAAAAUCUUUACCAUAAAUAUAGCGAUCAAGACGAAUUUUUGCGUAAUCGUGCGGCAGAUUUAGAAGCACAGUGUGAAUUUAUGAGGCAAAGAGAUCAUUUAGAAAGAACAGUGAAAUCUUUACAGAAACAAAUACGUCACGACGACUCAGGUAGUAACAAAGAUGUUGAUAAAAUAAUCGAAGAAAAUGUUGUGUUGAUAGUAGAAUUGAAUGCUUUGAGAAAGGAACUUAAUGGAGCACACAAACACAUUUCUGAUAUGGAGAGUUUGCUUGGGCUAACGGGUAAGGAAAUGAAUGUAAAAGAAGCGAGAAAGAAACUUGCACAGGCCUGUCAUGGUCAUGUUCUUUUACAAAAUAACUACAAGUCGCAAAUGCGAGAUUGUGAAAAGAUGGUCGAAGUGUUGAAAGAUGAUAUUAAAAGGCUUCUAGCUAAAUUACCUCCUGAUAGUCCUGAAGUUUCCAGGAAACCAUUUUGAAUAUGGAAAAUUCAAUUGUAUAUUUCAAUACAAUUACGAUCAUUAUUAUCGACCAUGGCAAAGUGAUUAUUUGUAAAGUAACCAUGAACGUAUAUAUUUGCUUCAAAGUACAAGGUUAUCUCUCUCGCCAAUCAUCAAUAAUCCAGUCAUAGUAUGUAAAUUGAUUAGACAUAUUCACGAA